CGCUUAUAACAUUCAUUGUUGUUCUUGAAGACUGGUUAGUUCGUAUAUUUCAGUGUCGCAAUGGCUCUCGAGACAGCAGCGUUACCAACGAGCUAUGAAUAUUAUACAGAAGGCGGAAUUCAAAGUGGAUUAUCAGCCGACAAACCCUAUUUUACACUCAAUAACCGGAACAUAUCAAUAUACAGUGGUGCAGUGCAUUAUUUCCGGGUACCCAAGGCUUAUUGGAGAGACAGAUUAAGAAAGGUACGUGCUGCCGGUUUAAACACAGUGGAAACAUACAUACCAUGGAAUUUACACGAACCAGAAUCUGGAAGAUUUGAUUUUGGAAAUGGUGGUUCUGAUUUUCAAGAGUUUCUGGAUGUUGUAGAGUUUCUUAGAAUAGCUCAACAAGAAGAUUUAUUUGCAAUAGUUAGACCGGGACCAUUUAUUUGUACUGAAUGGGAUUUUGGCGGAUUGCCCAGUUGGUUAUUGCGUGAUAGAGGUAUUAAAUUAAGAACAUCAGAACCAACUUACAUGAAAUAUGUAAGAAGAUAUUUCAGCAUGCUAUUACCAAUGUUAGCUGCGCUUCAAUUUAUAAAUGGAGGUCCCAUUAUAGCUUUUCAAGUGGAAAACGAAUACGGUAGUACUGAGCAAAAAGGAAAAUUUACUCCAGACAAGGAAUAUUUAAGGGAACUAAGAAGUAUUAUGUUAAGCAAUGGUAUAAAAGAAUUAUUGGUGACAUCAGAUAGUCCGUCCCUGCAUGGGACAUCAGGAACACUACCUGAAUAUUUCCUUCAGACAGCAAACUUCGGAGGAUUUCCAAAAACAGAUUUUGAUGCUCUAAAAAAACUACAACCCGGAAAACCAAUAAUGGCAAUGGAGUUUUGGGCAGGAUGGUUCGACCAUUGGUCAGAGGAGCAUCACGUUAGGAAAGAUGACGAAUUUUAUCAAGUGUUCAAAUCGAUUUUGGAAUAUCCUGGUUCUGUAAAUAUUUAUAUGUUCCAUGGAGGAACCAACUUUGGAUUUAUGAAUGGAGCAAAUCUUAACAAUGGACGAACAGAUAACUCUGGCUUCCAACCUGAUACAACAAGUUAUGAUUACGACGCGCCGUUAUCGGAAGCUGGUGACUACACCAUGAAAUAUGUGUUCAUUAAAGAAUUAUUAAAUCAAUUUAAUCCUGUAAAAACCAAAAUUCCACAAACGCCAGCAAUUUCGAAUAAAGUUGAGUAUGGUUCUAUUCCUGUCCAAGGGCAAAUGCUUCUUGAUCAAAUAAUAGAAAAUGUACCAAAUGUUUUGCAAAGCACCAAUGUCAUGCCAAUGGAACUACUUCCCAUAAACUACAACUCAGGUCAGAGCUACGGCUAUAUAAUAUAUAGAAAGAGAAAUCUUGAUAUUUCUGGUGAUUCCAUUUUAAAAAUUGCUGGAAGAGUAUGUGAUAGUGUUAUAGUAUUGGUAAAUGGUGUGUUAGUGUCUAAGCCAUUGACAAGUUCAAAAGACCUUAAUGAAUUUGGUUUUUGGCGAUUAAAAGACUCAAACAUUACUUUGACAAAUCAAGAUUUAACGAAUGCCACACUCGAUUUAGUAGUAGAAAAUUGGGGUAGAGUAAAUUUUGGCUAUUUAGAACAAUUUAAUCAAUACAAAGGAUUGUGGCAAGGCAGUGUGUAUAUCAACAAUGAAGAAUUAAAGGAAUGGGAUAUUAUACCAUUAGAAUUUAAAACAUCUUGGAAUAAUGCUUUAAAAAAUUGGCCAAAACCAGGAAAUAGAUGGGCUCCAGGACCUUCUUUAUAUAAAAGUACUUUAACAGUAACAAAUCCCCAGGAUACUUACAUUGAUAUGAGAAAUUGGACUAAAGGAAUUGUCAUUAUUAACGGUUUUGUGCUCGGACGAUAUUCAAAAAUUGGCCCCCAACAAACAUUGUAUUUACCGGCACCAUUUUUGAAAAUUGGUGAUAAUAAUAUUAUUAUUUUUGAACAUUAUAUUCCAUCUAACAACCUCGUGUUUUCCAAGAAUCCCAUAUUUUUAACUGUUUAACUAACUGAUAAAAAAUAGUAAAAUUUUAAAAAUA